AGUCGCCAGGGUAAGCUUGAAGAGCAUGACUUCUCAAAUGUUCCAGGGUGCCCUUUUAGAAAGUGAAAACAGUAUCCUGUUACUGUUGUGCCCAUUCAGAAAAAAUCUUGGAAGAAACACUAAACACUCUUAACAUACAGCAUUCAAAACAGUGUCAAGUUAAUUAUAGUCAAUGGUUAUAUCCUGAGCACUGCUGAAGUAAACGUAGACUUCUUUUCUGAAUUUUUAUCAUGAAGCUGAUAACAACUGCAAUUAUUUGUAAUUUUUAACGGUGAUAUGGUCAGAGUGAUCAAGUUAUCAGCAGCAGGGUGAAGUUCACAAAAAUAGUCACAUGACCGAGAAAAGGCAGUAAACAUUUUGGAUAGUAUUUAUAACUAAAACAACUAACUGCUGGAUAGAAACCACAAAUGAGGCAUGUUUGUUCGACUUAACGUAAGUAAAAUUUGCCAAGAAAAGGAAUGGAGCGAUGGAUCUCAAUGAUUUGUUUGGUUGUGCUGUUGCUGGGAAAGUGUGAGAGUGGACCUGUCCAGCCAGGGGGCUCAUCAGACCUUACAGUCCAGGAUUACGGAGAUGGGGGUCUCCACAGUGGAAGUGGAACUGGCCAGUCCGUGGCCAGUGACCAGAACUUGGAUGGAUCCCAGCACAACCCUGAACUGGAACACCUUCGGGACAUCCCAGCUGACCGGCCAGUAGACACUGACCUCCAGGACAGCAGCCAUGCUGACCAGACUGACCAGGCAGUGGACUUGGACAUACAGGGAGACCAGCAUAGUGAUGGAGGGCCAUCUAAUGGUGAAGACUACCCAUCAUAUCCUGUUUAUGGGGACCAUGUGAUAGAUCACCUAGACCCCAACAAUGAUACUGAAGUCAAUGAAGUACACCAUGGGCAUGGUGAUCAUACUGGCGGCCACUCUGAAGUGGACACUAGUGGGGGAUUUCUGGUUGAAAGACACAAUGACACACAUGAACCCUUUCUUCUAGAUGGGAUAAACACAGGAAACACAGGAAAUGUGAGAACUGAUCCUCCUGUGCGUGUUAACAACACACCUUUAACACACAGACCUUUUCUAAUGGCUGGAAGUUUAGAAAUUGUCACUCACAGGCCAGAAGAAAAGCAGGCAAUACCUGUGACAGAAGAAGUAGCAGUCUUUACCACAGAACCAGUUAUUACAACUGAAAGUAGAUUGGAUACAUUAGAACCAGAGCAUAGUUUAGACAACCAUGGUUCUCUUGUCAUACAUUCUGAUGGAGAUUUAACUGACAAUGAAAUGGAAGGAUACCACAAUGAACAGUCCAAUAAUACAAACCAAGAACAUAAAGAGAGCCAAACUGGUGAAAUACAUGGGGGUGUUAGCCCUGUACUCACACCAGUUGUGACAACAACACGUGAAGCAGAACAUGUUGAAGGACACCAAGUGAUCCAAGGUGGUGGAAAUAUUGCAGUCAUCCCAGAUGGCAGCGAAAACAUGGAUAGUGGACAUGGCAGUGGUACAGGGGAGACACAAACUGGAGUGGAUGUUCCAAUUGACAAAGGUUCUGGUCAUCAUCCUGAUGAACAUGAAGUUGAACAUGUUGAUCAUGGACAACCAGUUCUUACGCAGAAUCCAACUGAAAAUCAAAGACGGACACAGACACUACCACCAUUUGAAAGAGUUGAAAGCACACAGAGGGAAAUAAUAGUGACAUUACCAACACCAGUGAUGAUCAAUGUGACAGAAACUUCAGAAAAUACUCAGGACCUGUCAUCAUUAGCACAUGGUCAAGGUCAUAUUGACAUUGUUGAAGGUCACCAUGAAGGAGGGAUCAUCUCUGAUGUUGGAAGACAUAAUGAAGGUGAAGGUCACGAGACUGAAGGUCACCCAGAUGGGGAGAUUGUGCAUGAGACACCCGGUGAUGGUCACCUUGUUCCUGGGGAAGGUCACAUUGAGUCACAUACUGAAGGUCAGGAAGUGAUUAAACCUGUCAAAGAUGGUGAAAGAAAGGAAGAAACAGAAAAGUACACCUUUGAAACUAUGGUGCCAAAUUCUAUAAUACACUCAAGUAUGGUCAUCAACCCAUCAAGAACUGUCCAACAUUCUAAAACUGAUGAUGUUGAAUCAGAUUUCAUUAGACCAGUUGUACUUCCCAAAACAAGCACUGCUGAGACAAUGAUGUUGCCACUGGAAUCAUAUUACCCUUCUGACUAUGAGGGGGAAUCCUUGUCAACCACAUUUGAAAUUAGUACUGUCAUGAGGACACAAGCAUCAGUGACAACAACCGAAACAGCAGAGAUACCCACAGCAUCAAUAUUGCCUUCAAAAUCAAGUGCUGUAUUGACAAGCUCAUAUGAUUCACCUGCAAUUGGAAGUACUUCCAUCUCACAACAACAGAGUUUAGUUUCAUCCUUUCUUAUCAGACCAAGGAUGGAGACAGUAGAGACCAGUUACAGACAGGUUUUCACCUCUCUGGAUAUUGGCUACACCAUGAAGACCAUUUCUUCUGAAACAAUUGAAGAAUUCACUGUUUCAACCUCCGACUUUGAAGAAGGUGUUUCCAGCAUUUAUGUCAAAUCAAGUGUGCCAUCAUAUAUUAUUCCAGCAGUAUCAUCUUUGGAUAUUUUGUACAAAUCUUCCACCGAAAUAAGUACCUCCUGUGUUACUAGUAGUACCCAGUCAUACUCCUUGUCACUUGCUGUGCAAUCAAGCACAUCAGAAAUCCAUUCAUUACCAAUGGCGACAGCUCCAACAUCAGUUUCAACUGUUUCUAGUACAAUGACUAGACAAAUUCAACCAACCAGUACCUUACCUGUACAACUUUCAACCCCAACAACAUCAAGUGAAUCACCAAAGGUCUCCAGAACAUCAGCUUUUGCAGAUAUCUCCAGUUCUAUGAUUCCAAGAAGCAAUUCUUCAGCCUCAACCAAUAUUUCCAGUUUACCAGUCACAUCAAGAAUCGAGCCACAGUUGUCUACAGUUGCUGCUACCACAAGGACCACCAGGAAAACACCAGGCACAAACACUACGUCCCAUCUAAUACACAGAACCACGAAGAAAAUUGCUACCACCAAAGGUUCCUCGAAGAUGGAAAAUGUGACGAGCCCACCCCAACUGGGACCUGUGUCCCCUGUUAUCACCCAAACAAUCACCAGAGCUGGGCAAACCACAGUGGCAAUGGCACCCUCAGUGUUCAUCCAGCUAUCCCUGCGCAUGUCGUGGCUCGAGUUCUGCGACACAAAGACCAGCUUCUUCAGCUCCCUCAGCCAGGCUCUCCACAUCAAGAAAAGUGUCCUGGUAGACAUUGGACAGUUUAAAAUGACAAACAUUCCUGAACAGUACUGUGAGGGUGGGGACCCAGUAGGCCUUGAGGGGGAGCAGUACAGUGAGAUCACUGUGGAAAUGUACAUUGUUGACCAAGACGGCAAGGUUGACAUCACUCUCACCAUCGACGCUUCUAGAGUACUUGAGAAGGACUUUCAGGAUUCAUCAUCCAUAUACAAGGACAAGAUUGUGACAGUGAAGUUCCAGGACCGCAGACCAAGGACACCUGAGCCAGAGGUCAGUAAGGCGAGCAAAUUUACCCCACCCAGCGGUGUUACCAUGGUGGUUGUCAUAGCAUCAGUGGGCGGAGUCUGCUGUGUGGCACUUGUCAUUCUACAGGUAGUAUUAUUAUACCGGCGGGUGAAGGCUAAGAAGAAGCAGCGUGUGUUCUUCCGCCAGCAGGCAUCCAUACAGAGCAUGGAUCAUGUCGCCCUGGGAGUCAUACCGAAGUCCCGCCCCGGCAGUGGGUACUGGAACCCAGGCUUGGAUGAUCACAAGGAAUUGCCUGAGCCUGAGGAGUAUUCACGGAUCCUGAACUAUUCUAGUCUGGCUAACCAGUGUAUGGACCCCACCGCCAUACAUGCAGAGUUCCAGACUAUCCCAAAUGACAACACAGAUCCUGCCAUUGUGCCUGUCGGAGACGAAGACAAGAACAGAUAUGCCAAUGUUCUGCCACAUAAGAACACCAGGGUGAAAUUAGAACGAGCAGAUAAAAGCAUGUCAGACUAUAUAAAUGCAAACUAUGUCAAUGGUUACAUGGGAGAGAAGUGUGUAUAUAUAGCCACCCAGUCACCCCUGGUGAACACUGUGGAGGAUUUUUGGACCAUGGUCUGGCAGCAGCAGUCACGAGUCAUCCUCAUGUUGAACCCACUCACACCCAAUGGCAAGCCCAAAUACAGCACAUGUUACUGGCCAGACAGUCUGAAGGAUGAUAAGCAUAGGGAGUUUGGAGACUAUAUGGUCACUUUGAAGAAGAGGGAUGUCCAGCAUGAUUAUGUGGAGUGUACACUAGAGAUCAUGGAUCUUGAGAGAAACCUGAAGCGUGAAGUAAAGCACUUCCAGCUCACAUGCUGGCCGGAGGCGCGGACACCAGAACCUCUCGCCUUUGUUAAGUUUGUGCUUGACACCAGGCCCCUUUACGAGAACACAGGAAAACCUGCCAUCCUACACUGCGGACCUGGCACUGGUCGCACAUGUACCUUGAUAGCUGUAGACAUGUGUAUGAGAAUGUACGAGGACCGCCGUCGUGUGGACAUCUUGAAUUGUGUGCAUCGCAUGCGCAGUGAACGGGCCGGUGCUGUGCAGAGCAAGGAGCAGUAUGCCCUCAUCUACCAGGCCCUAAAUGAGUAUGCGGUGAUCCUGAGCAGCCCCUCAGUGUCCACAAGGUCAUCGGUCAUCACUCUGCAUGCCAUGCUUUAGAGGGAACGUUGACUGACAGUGGCUCACGAACCACAGGACGUUGACUGACCAUGCCUCGCCAACCACAGACCUUGAUUCAUGUCAAAACUUGCUAGCAGUCAACCACCUUGUUGCCGAUUUAAAGCCGAACAGAACAGUAUUCAAUUCACGUAAUUCACAUAAACUUAAGCCAUAACAAAUUAACCAAUAGAAAUAUGACUUUUUAUGAAGUUCAUGAUUGUUUAUAUUGUUUAAAUAUUCUUUAAGGCAGUCACUGCAUAUUUGUCACAAACAGAAGAAAAAUGGCAAUAUUUUUUUCAUUUGAUUGAAUACAAGUUUAUUUGAUAAAACAUUUCAAGAUUAGUCUUGAUAGAUAGAUAAAACAGCAAGAGGCGCAUGUGCACUGAUAGUUGCAAGAUAUCAAUAUCUGUCUGUUAUAAAGGCAGAAUUUACACAUUUAAAUGUUUCUCAUUUUUUUCUCUGAUUUCUAUUGUAUUGUAUGUAUUUUUAAGAUUCCUUGAUUGUUUGGAUGAUGCUUAAAUAUCUUAUAAUCUUCCUUUAACAUGUGCCAAUGUCUCCAGUAGACUGAUACUAUGUCUUGUAUGUUAUAUUUUGGAAAGUGGUUUCCAAAAGUGAAUGACAUUGAAGUUGACCUUAAGUGAGUGUUUUUGGGAAAAGAGCCAGUUUUUAAUUUACUGAUUACCGUAGGUUUUUUAUAUUCAUGUUGAAUGAGGAAUGUGUCUUUUGUGUGAUGCUUUUUUAUCAUUGUUUUAUCCUUGUGUAGAAAUUUGGCCUUUACAUAUCGAAGAAGAUUCAUUGAAAGAAUACAAAAUAUAUAUAGUGUGGUAUUAGCUCUAUAAUGUUUCAAAGUCAGCUGUGAAUAUUUAUGAGUUAUAACAGUAGGAUUUUCUAUAUUUUCUUGGCAAGUUAAUUUUGUAAUGGUUGUUUGUGAUCUUAAUUUUUAGACCAGGAUCAUGUGCCAUACAAAUAUUACCAGGUCUAUUUUGCAGGAAAAAAAUUACAACAACACUUAAAUGAACUAUGCAAUUACAAACUGCAUUGAAAGUGUUAUUAAAAGAAAUUAAGAAAUAAAUGUGAGAGGUAUAUCUAGGUCAUUGUUUAUGUUUUGCACAAGCAACUGACUCCAGGGCCUAAAAACUUAGGUCUCUUCCCGAAAACAAAUCAAGUCUUAGCCACCCUUGCAUGGAAUCUUUAUUGUCCAGAUGUCUUGUUAAUCAGCUACAUGAUAUUCAACAUCGGUGUCUGACCUGUGAAUCCUUGACCACAACAGCUUUAUAUUGGCCAACAGUUUUGACCAUAGUUUAUUACUUGAUAUUAAUAGUACAAUUGCUGUCCAUCAUGUGGUUUAUUUUUGGUUAAGCUAUUUGUCAACAACCACCCAUAGCUUGGCAUAUUUAUGAGCUGGACUGUUACAUCUAGAAACCAAAGUGUUUACAAAAACAAUGUUUGGACAUUAAAUAUCAGUUUUGUCAUAAGCUGUCAUUUUGGUAUAUUUACAAAUAGAUAAUAAAAAUGAGUGAUGACCAGGGAAUCCCCAUGAUAUUCACCUCAAAUGCUCUAUCAAACGAUCUCAUUAACAGGCUGACAUGUGGCAUAUAUGUACAUUGUUAGCUUGCAUCAAUAUUUCUUUUUAUCUUAGCAAUAUAUGUUGUAUGAACAUAAAUCUUAUAACAGCACAGCAUUUAAAGAUGUAUUUUAAGAAUUAUUAAUAAAAGAGGACUGCUAAUUAUAAGGUCAUUGGUGUAGACAGACAAAGGGCAAGAAUGGUGUGUUUAAGUACAUGUAGCCCUGGACUUUCCCAACAAUUCCACUUAUCUUCAGUCAAUAUCAAGAAUGUCAAAAAUAAAAGUUUUUCAUCAAACAUUAAAUUGAAUAAAAAAUUAUUAAAUUUCCCUUUCUCAUUUUUAAAUCAAGUUUAAAUAGUGACACUCACGCCUGUUGAACUAACUGUUUUGUGAAAUACAUAGUAUGUAUCUAGUUAUUCAUGAUGCUUGUAAAUAUGCAUUUUACCAUACUUAAAUGAUUUUUAACAUUUGGGGAAAACACCAUGUGCAAUAUUGUAUAAUACUCACGUCCCCAGUUUAGUUGUUGAUGACUUAUAUUGCAUAUGUUGUAUACUUUUAUUUUAUUCAAUUCUGUGUUUAACAUUUAGUUAAGAUUUUUUUGAAGUGCCAAUAAGAAGAUUGAUUUACCAGUAUGUUAUAUAAAUUAUGCUAUGUGCUAGUACAUUCCAAUAGAUUUAUUAUAUUUGUUUACUGAUUUGUUAUUUUUGUACAUUUUAAAUAAAAAAUCGGCAGACAUUGUUUUAAGAACAGAAUAUAAUUGGUUGAUUUUAAAUAAAAUAUGUCAC